CGCCGCCGAGACUCAAACACGUUACGCUUCACCUACUUACGUUAGGCAUAGCAGCAGUGGUAUAGCUACAGUUACAGCCCCGUAGAAAGUAUUUCACGUGCACGCUCGCGUUCAAAAUAAGCCACUGGCAACAUCUCCCUUCUUGAGUCGUCGUAUUCAAUUAUUUUCGAUUGAAAUUGGUUAAUAAGUGCGCGUUGUCUCCGUCGAAUUUAUCGCGUGGCGGAUCUUGAAUCGAAUCAAUACCAAUAAUGAACUGAAUCAUGAUGGCAUUUUUUAUUGUUGCCGAAAACCGGAACCAACUUACAUACCUAGAUAUGUAUAUUGAACUUGGAUAACAACAGCAGAUAACGUUAACUGUGUGCACGCGUAAUCAUCGGAAUUUUGAAUCUUUAAUUUAAAAAAAAAACAAAUGUGCAACCGAAAAGCGCCUGUGUCUGCUGCAAGCUUUUUACAAUCACGCAGAGCAUGGAAAACCCAGAACUGGAAUUGAACUGAUCGCGUAUUCAAAGUGCAUCAAUUCAAGUUAGAUCUCCACGUCGUCACCGCAGUGGCAAGCACAACAGUUCAGUGGAAUGUUAUAUAAACCGGCACGGCGGAGCAGCUAAUAAACAAGAUAGUAUCGCAUAAAGGCAGACUAAAAAGCAGUGACACCACAACAGGCACUUUUGGGGACGCAGCACACGGUUGGCGACGAAUUGAAAUCAUAACACGCUUAAUAUAAAGACAUAAAAACAGCACACCAGUCUGAGAAAGCUGGUCGCAAAGCGCAUGCAGAUGCCCAAUCGACUCACAAGCAGCUCCGCAUCAACGGUCGUGGAUGGCUUUUCCCCACAAUAGCGGUACCGGUCACACGACGCGAAACAUCCGCAAGAUCUCCGCCGCAAAGAGGCGAAAAACGUGUAGCCCACAAAAGCACAGUUUAGUCCACCGUUGUUGCUCGCUGCACGAUGUAGCGCAACGGAGAACAGUUUAGUGCACGAUAAAAACAACUCAGCCUCAUGAUCAUCAUCACCACCACCGUGUCAGAUGUAAUAAACAGAAGGAAAGGAUCUGCAGAGUCCGAUAACCUUGGAAUUGACGAGGUGCCUAACAAGCGUGAGAAGAAGAACCGGCGAUUCAAAUAUUACCUCCAUAGAUAGUAAUUGCUCGGUAGGACAAGAAGAGAUAGCACCGGUUCAGCUCGGCGAGAACCUCUCCAAAAAAGGAGCCAAGUGAAGAGGAAUGACCGCGACGACGCUUGCAGCACCUGGAAAUAGCAGUAGUAGACAGCCAGACUACUUCGUUGGAUCGAGUGGAAUUCCUCGGCUGGUAGGAGUAACAAAUCGCAGAGUGCCGCGACCUGUUGCUGUUGAUUCGGGAAGAAACAUGAAUCGAAAUUCAUCGGUGCCGGUCGGUACUGACCCAGUCAAAUUGAACAAAUGUUUGUUCAACCUAACGGUUCGAAAUCGGGGAAGCACCGGUGCGCGGAGCGGUAGCAAAACCGAAAGUGAUAUAGCGAUAAGAAACCAAUAUAGUAAUAAAUCAAAUUCGUCCACUAGUGGUAGUAAUAAGAAUAAUAACAGCAAUUCAACGGGUACAGCAUUAUCGGUGCCUAACGCGAGUUUGGCAUCAUCAACAUCAUCAACAGUGAUAACAACAGGAUUAAGUAAUAACCGGAGGAAUUCAGUUACGUCAUCACAUAGCCCGUCGACGUCGUCGUUCAUUCCUAUGAGUAGAAAUUUUAGUCAUAAUCUCGGUAACUGCAAUAGGAUUAACAGUGCCGUCGUCCAUGGAAGGUCGCACUCAACGCUGCUAAGCGGUCGACAACGGAGGAAUGUCGCUGAGAUGGGCGAUUCCAAUCGUUUUGAUGACAACGAUUGCGGGAACGGCAUGAUGAGACAGUGCAGAUUUACGGUAGCAGUACGGAAGGCCCCCUCAUCAACAGUGGACAAUCGACUCAACUAUCAACGAAAGUACGACCGAACCAUCUUCGGUUACAACCGGUUGGAGCAGUUCGUUCUACCACCGUUGCAAAUUUGACCGCCACCCAUCAGCAAUAAAAGACUUAACAUGGAAUG